CAUAUACAGGGCAGUAAUAGCAGCUUCAGGCAAACAGCUCGCGAGGUCUAGGUUCUACCUUCCACCACAAUUCUGUAGGCCUGUGACCUGUCAGAAGUCACUGAAGAAAUUCUUAACAAUAUCGUUGCUACAACCUAAAACCAGAUCGCGCAGCUCGCUUGAUCAGGUGGCUGGUCCCAUUCCGCAAGUCGCCGCUUCGGCGGGUCGACUCCUUGAAGGAAUGGACGCUUCAGCACCUCCAUUUGUCCCUCGACAAGUUAGAGAUUCCGCGCCACUUUACGUUGCGUCGGCCAGCCCAUCCGAUCCUAGCCUUAGCGCUGCCGCGGACACCGGGCGCGGCAGCGGUCGUGGGAUUCGCGGCCGCGGAAGGGCCCGAGGCGGCGUGGAUGGUCGCGGUGUUCGCAGCCGGGGGCCGCACGAAACGGCGGGCAGUGUGCCCGCCGCCGAGUUAGGGGGUGCUGUGCACUUGAAUGCGCAAGAGCCUCAGCAGGAGUUCCCAGACCUAGCCGUUGGCCGCCGCGGCCGUGGCCGGGGGCGUGGGGAAUCGCGGCGCUCCGCCUUUGAGCCCGCUUUCACGGCACGCCACCCUGACCACGAGCAGCCAGCCGCCAGCCCACACGACUCUGUCAACCCGGCUGAACCGAUGGCUGCCAGUGCGGGGGCAGCGGGACCCAGCGGCAGGGGUAGCCGGGAACAAACGCGGGGCCGUGCUGGUGACGGCCUUCCACGCCGGGGGAGGCGUGGUGGCGAGGACCGGCUCGACGUGCACUGCCACGGCCAGCCAGCCGCUCCGGCGGGGCCUGACGUGGGGACUCCCGAGGGCCCUGGCGGCGACAACGGCGCGCAACGGCUCGUAUCAGCCCGUGGAGGACGCCGCGGCAACCAGGUCCGAGUUCCCAGGAGCGAGAUGGUUGGAGGCCGUGGCGGAGGCCGCGCGGCGCGGCGGUCUGCAACCGAGAUGCCCGGGGCAGCAGCUGGAGCUGAAGACGGCUCUGCAGCGGAGACGGUGGCGGUGCCUGGCGGCGCAGAGGCCUCGGACUCGGAUUCAGACGUGGAGAAGCUGACAUGCGUAAUCUGCUGCGAGGAGGUCGGCUGGCUGGCGGUGGGCCCCUGCGGUCACACGCACACGUGCGCGCGCUGCUGCUUGCGGCUGCGGCUGCUUUACCGGGACAACAAGUGCCCGCUGUGCAAGCAGGAUAACAAGGAGGUGGUGGUCACGCGGCCGCCACUACCGCCCGGUGCCACUUUCGAGUCGCUGCGGGCUGGCGAGUUGCAGCCACAGCCACCGGCGGCGGCCUCGGCCUCGGCUGCGUCCAGCAGCGGCGGCACUGCCAGUGGUGGCGGCGGCAGCGGCCGUGGCCAGUCAUCGUUAUGGCAGCAACCUCGCUGGGCCAAGGGCGUGUUGGUGCUGGACCCGCUGACAGCGGCCGCAGGGGGCGGGCCCGGUGCUCCGGCGCCGCGGCGGCGGGUUCGCCCGCUGCACCGGUCGCUAUUGGCCAUGACGUCCACCAGCUGCGCCGUUUGCGACAAACACGGCAAGAAACCCUUCGGGACCAUGGGGCUGCUGCUGGGCCAUCUCAGGUCGGCUCACGGCCGCAGCCUGUGUGAGGUGUGCCUGGGUGCGGGCCUGCGCUUCCCGCUGGAGUACCCGCCGCUGGAGCCGCAGGCGCUUGCAGCGCACAUGGAGGCUGAGCACCCGCGGUGCGAGUUUUGCAACCUGCACUUCUACACGCGGGACGAGCUGUACUCGCACAUGACGCAGCGCCACUUCACAUGCCACGUGUGCGGGCGGCUGGGGCUCAUGUACCGCUACUUCGCGGACGCAAACGCGCUGCAGGUGCACAUGACUGAGGAGCACCACCCCUGCGAGCACCCGGACUGCUUCGGCUGCAUGAUCGCCUUUGCCACGCAAGAUGAGCUGCACACGCACAUUCGCGAGCGGCACAGCGCUCACAUGCCGCGCUGGGACCAAAGCCGGGCGAGGCCACUGCUCUUCGACUUCAUCGGCCAGCGCGGACCGGGCGCCGCCGCCGCCGCCGCGCCCGCGGAAUCGUCGUCGGGCCGGGGCGGCAGCCGCGCGCAGCGGGGCGGGCGCGGUGGUGACCGGGACGGCCGCUCUGAGGCGGCACGGACUCGCGGCGGCAGUGGCCCAAGCCGGCCCUCCAUCCAGGACCCGGAGGCCUUCCCCUCGCUGUCUGGGCUCACGUUGGGCGCAGCGGCGCCGUCAGGCCUGGGUGAUGUGCGGGACACGGACGGCGGGCUGGUGGUGCUCGAUGACGACCUGGGUAUGGCCAGAGAGCGGCCCGGGCCGGGGCCGGCGCACCGCGGGGCCCAGCCUGCACAGGCGGGGCCGGCCAGCGGUGGGGCGCCAGGCAUGAAUGCGCUCGGCCCCGGAACUGGACCGGGCGCUCGGUUGGCGGGCGUGUGGGGCGGCCGGGUGGCCGGCGCCGGCACGUUUGUAGAGGACUUCCCGGAACUCGGGCUGGCGGCUGGAAGCGGCGGCGGCGGGUCUGGUUGGGGCGGCAGCACGUGGAGCCGGCCGGCAGCUGCGCCCGCGGCUCCAGCUGCCACCAGCUCAACACCUGGGGCUUCACUGCGCAAGGUGACAGUCAAGUGCCCGUGCGGCCGGCGAGUGGAUCACCUGGCGCUGCGGGCGGACGAGGAGGUGCCUGCCCUGCGCUGUAACCGCGACUGUGAGGCCGCCCAGCGGCGCUCGCAGCUGGCUGACGCGUUCGGCGUGGCGUCAUCCGACAGCCACGUCUCCUACUUCGAGCGGCACCGCACGCCCAACUACCCGGCUUCGCUGAUCCAGUCUGCCCAAUCUCUGGGCGCGGAGUGGGUGGCGGGUGUGGAGCGGGAGCUGGGCCGCUUCCUGGCCGACCCCUCCGGACCCCGCCGCACCUCGCUGCCGGCCGGCAUGAGCCAGGCGCAGCGGGCGCUGGUGCACGAGCUGGCCGCACACUGGGGCCUGGCCACACACUCCAUCGGUGCGGGAGCGAUGCGGGCGGUCCAGGUGCUGCGAGCGCCCUCCAGCGGCGCGCCCACGCGGAUGCUGUCUGCGGUGGCUGCGGCCAUGCCGCCCGACGAGGUGGCUCGCAUGCUGGCUGCGCUGCCCGGCAACACCGGCACCGGGGCGGGCUGGGUACUGCGGCUGGUGGAUGUGGAGCCGGGAGCCAACAUGGGCUACUACUUGCGGCGCUGGGAAGGCGAGUACGUGCUGACCCCUGGCCCCGGCAGCGGUUCCUCAGCACCCUCCACCUACCUGGUCACCUUCGCCCGGGAGGCGGCUUUCCAUGACUGCUGCUCUACCUUGGGCGGCGGCGUCCGGGGUGUGUUCAGGACCCAGGUGGAGAGGUUGGCGGCUAGCGGCUCCAACUCAGCGUCUGCACCCGCAUCUACGCACGAGGGAGCCGCGCAGCCCCGGGCGGGCUGGACGGUACUGCGUAGCAACCGCAAGACGCCCAGUGGAGCGGCUAGUGGGGCCGGUGGCAGUGGCAGUGGCGGCCCAAGCGCUGGCGCUGUGCGGUCGGCGCUGGCUGCAGAUGCUUGGGGCGAGGACACGUCCGAGCGGCGGCAGCCGAGCGCUGGCACAGGCAGCAUCGGAGCAGCUGCUGGUGCGACAGCAUUUGCCAAGCCUGGUGGUGGAUCCGAGCCCCAGCUUCCGGGCCGUGGACCGAAGCUGGAUUUGGCCAAGGAGACCAAGUGGUCGGCGCUGGAGGCCGAGGAGGGAGAGGAGGAGGUGGAGGAGGCCAUGGCUGGGGGCGGUGAGAGCGCUGCCGCGGAAAGCGCGCAUCAAGCGGCCUCGAGCACGCGUAUUGGCCUAGCUCAGACCAGUGACGAUCUGCCCACAUGGGACGAGGACUAGACGAAAACAGGACGACGCUGUUUCACGACCACUGGCAAGUCAACUGCAAUCUGUGGACGGUACCUGUACUAGGUGGUGCCCCCCGAGCCACUGCGUAGUACGGUAACUUGUGGCCUUAUUACCGGUACUAGUUGGUGCCACUGUGGUUGUGGGUUCGUCGUAUAGCACGGCUGCUGCAACGUUACGUGGUGGGUUCGAGUGACUGCAGAUUGGUACUACAGUACAUUGCUUGUGUGACUGUGACUCAGAGCGAGCAGACUGGUCCCCUGCGAGCUCGGAGGAGGCCGGGCGUGUUCAGCGGCAGUCAAGUCUAGCACAUUUGGCAAGCUAGCGAACGCGAGGGACGUCCUGUAGCGGGUGAAACAUAGCCCCUACAGCGAAGGACUGCGACGGCAGUCCACUUGGUCCGAUGCGAUGCCCUCUCCACACUUUGCUGCGUAUCAGGGGCCUCACAGCUCAGUCAUACUGUCGCCCGGCCAUUGCUUUGCUGCAUACUGUUGCAUUUUCUCUGUGUUGCAUUUGGUGCUCAUCCGUGGACGCAGGUCAUCUUCCUGCAGGUGCGCUGCGGCUCUGCAUCGCGAGCGAGUGUGGCGUUGCGGUGUGUCUGUGUGGUGCUAUCGCCUGGCCGGGCGCCCGGAGCGUGAGGAAUGCGCAUCAGCAAACUUCCAGCCAGCCAGCAACUCCGGCGUUCGACCAGCCAUGCACUCCUGCCCUGCCCUGCUCUGCCGCUGCAAACUGUUUGCUGUCUGCUUGGGGUAUGGGCGUCAGCUGCACCCUAUGGGACCUCGCCAACCUGCCUGAACCCUGUCCCAUCACAUACUAACAGCUCAGCUAGUUGCAUGGCGCCAGCAACACCAGUCUAGCGGGAGCGCCUCAUGUUACGCGACGUAGUAUCAGCGGACAGCGCUGAUACUAGGCGUCGCUGUCAGCUAAGUGCGCCCCAACAACCGUACGGCAAGUCGCAUGCUCGCCAAGUCACGCACACGCACACUAACCCUAGCCUAGACAUACGUCACCCUGUGACCUGCACUGACCCGCACACCCUGUGACGGCGAAAUGCACUGCCGGCAUACUGGCUUGACAAAGUCGAAUGCAAGUGCGAGACAACAACACAACCGUAGUGAGGAAGCGCCGCGGGUUAGAAUUGGGAAUGUCGCGGCUGAGGUUCGGGGUAGAGCUGCGCCGCGGACCGAGUGCGACUUAGCGAAGAAUUUGCUGGUGUCGCACGGUGGAGCUGGCGCUGGAGUGUGAACAUUAUAGGCUGAUAUAAAGCAGGGAGACGCAGGAGGCGGCAAGCUGACAGGAGAGGCGGGGAUGGCGAGCGCAACUGGCGAGUGUAACUGGCACGGUCG